AUGUCUCCCAGCGCCGAAACUAGGAAUCUGGAAACGUACUGCGUAAACGAUCGUCAGUCGGUGGCCGACGGUGAGAACCACAGAGAUGACGUUAUAGAUGUGCUGAUCGUGGGGGCAGGGCCUGCCGGGCUGAUGCUCGCUGCUUGCGCGGCACAUGCUGGUCUCCGAAUCCGUGUAGUCGAUUCCGGUCACGCGAGUCAUCACGAAAGGGGUCGUGGCGAUGCACUGCAAUGCCGAACCAUCGAAGUGCUGCGCAUGGUCGGUGUGGGUCAAGAAAUCAUCGAUCAAGGCGUCAAGAUGUUUGCACGAACCUUCUGGGAUACAAGCCAGUCGAAACCGGAAUGCAUCUCGAGGAGCUCCUUCUUUUCUCCGACGUUUGAUAUCGACGACUGCUACAGUUUGGGUGUACGUCAGGGCGUGGUGGAAGACGCGCUUCGACGAAAGCUGUACCAGACCGAUUCGACUCAGGUCGACUAUGGUUGGUCUUUCGUCGAUGCAGAGCUCGAAAUGCGAGAAAGCCAUGAUUCGAGCGUGGUAGUUCGGCUUGAAUCCGAGUAUGGCGAUGCUCAAACCAUCCGUGCGCGCUACAUGGUCGGAUGCGACGGCGGUAGGAGCGCCGUUCGACGGUGGCUUCGUAGCUACCACGGUAUCCUUCUCGAGGGAGACUCUCACGAUUCACGCUGGGCGGCAGUCGAUGUUAUCGGUGUCGAAACGGAUUUCCCCGACAUUCGCAACCUUUCCAUUCUUCAUGGAACAACGUCGACCGUACUUGUGAUUCCUCGAGAAUCCAUCGACGGUCAAUCUUGCGUCCGGCUAUACUGUCAACUACCUGACAUGCCGCUUUCUAUCCAGGAGCCAGCGUCUUCGGAUGUAACAACGCUGCAACAAGUGUUACAUGUCGUUAACGACACGUUUUCGCCUUUCAAGAUCCGCUUUCAACAUGUGCACUGGUUCACCGUCUAUACGGUCAGCCAGCGUCUGGUUUCCGCGUUGGACGUUCAAGGACGCAUCUUUCUCGCUGGAGAUGCUGCGCAUCUGCACUCUCCAAAGGGCGGUCUGGGCAUGAACACUUCUUUGAUGGAUGCACACAAUCUCGCCUUGAAAUUGGCGCUUGUCGAAAAACAUGGCAUGCCAGCCUCGCUUCUUACCACCUACAACCUGGAACGACGUAUGGUAGCCGAACAGCUGAUCAACAUGGAUCGUGAUCUGAUCCAAUUCUUUGCUCGUCAUCAGCGCCAGCAAACGAUCCACAACAAAGGCAAGGACGACAGAGGAAGCAAGUAUGGCGGCAACACCGAGCAGGAGAAUGCGCUUGCCGUGUUUCAGCGACGCAACGAAGCGUAUCAGAGCGGCGUUUCGAUCCUCUACCCACGCAGUCAGCUGGUUGGAACUGACCAAAGCGACUCUUGCGCAGCAGCAAGUGCACUGCACGAUCAACAGCCUGCCGAGUCGAGACUAGCGUGGCUGCUGUCGUCUGCUGGCCAAGCUGCUACGACAGGUGCGGUUUGCGGGCCGUUUGGCUUGUUCGCUGGCGCAAGAUUGCUUCCUGCCACCGUGACGCGAUGGAAAGACUGCAAUCCAAUCUCGGUACUCGAGUCGUUAGCUUUCGCGGAUGCUCGCUUUACCGUUUUCGCUUGCACAGGUCUGCUGCCCACCAGCGAGAUCUUGGGCUUUCUGAAACACGUUGCCAGGCCUGGAGGCCUCCAUCAACAGCUUCGAUCAAAGCAUCCCGCUUCAGAAGUACAACCUGACAGAUCGCACCUGUUGCCAGGUCUGCUCGAUCCACAUCGACCUGUGCUGCAGCUGGUCGGUAUCACAAUGCACAGUCAUGUAUCGAUGCAACUUGCUGCCAGUCAAACCGACUUAUGCUGCUACUCGACGCGAGCCAUCGACGCCAACGUGGUCCAGUUCAAUCCAGAUUGGUGGAUGUGCGAUGAUCGGGCUAGUCUGUCUCCGUACCCGGACCAAAUGGGCAAACCGAGCAUGCUCGUCCAUCCAGCACACGAAAAGUGGCGCGUUGAUCCGAACCGAGGUGCUUUGGUCGUCGUUCGCCCCGACAGCCAUGUUGCGCUCGUGACCAGCAGCAUUUACGAGUGGAAGGCUGUCGAGGCGUUUUUCGCUUCUCUGCUGCCAGGUCUUGCUUAG